AUGACCAGGAUCGGAUGCAGCUGCGCGUUCCUUCUCGUCGCAGCGCUGGUCUUCCAGGAUUUCCCCUCCUGCUCUUGCGCGAAUUUCACCACCGGAACCAUCGGCCUCCCGUUCCGCUGUGAUGGAGGACGAGAGCUCUGGUGCAGCAAAGGCGCGUCGACCGUCGCGGGCUCGGGAGCCCUUGCGCUGCUAUCGUCGUGCCUGGCCCUCCGCACGGACCCCGUCGUCCUGCGCAACCAGAACACGAGUCGCUGCGACUCGUUCCGGACCUCGUUUCAGUUCAUCGUCGGCUCGUCGGACGGGACACGGCGCGGCGCCGGCCUGGCGUUCGUCAUGCUCAACUCUUCGCAGUUCCGACGAGGGCAUUCGGGCAAAUUCCGUCCCUUGCUCGGCAACGCGCUCCAUGUCGACUUCGACGUCCGGAAGCCCGAGGCGCUGCGCGAUAGCCACGUCGGCGUGAGCCUGGCCACGUCAAGGUCCAGGUCCACCGCGGACGAGACGACAUCCCGCCGUCCCGCGGGCAUGGACCUCUCCGGGGAUCGGAUUUUCGCCUGGAUCGACUACAACUCGUCGCUGCAGUCUCUCGAGGUCCGGAUCGGCAACUCGAGCGCCAAGCCCUCGCGGCCCUUUCUGGCCGACGCCGUCGACCUGGUCCAGGUCUUCGGCAGCAAUCCGGUCGUGUAUGUCGGGUUCUCGGCCCAGCACGGCGGCCGCGUCGGCUUCUACACCGUCACGGAGUGGCGCUUCGAGACUUUCCCGUCGCCCAUUGCCCAGGUCGGCAACCGGCUCCUCGCGUCGCGUAAGCCGGCCCUGGCUCCAGCGCCCGGGAGCCGGACGUACACUUUGGCGGUCGCCGCAGGAGUCUGCGCAAGCCUGGCUCUGAUCGGCGCCAUCGCCGGAUGCCUGUACUUCAAGCUCGGGAAACCGAAGGCCGUGUUGGACUCGAAGUUCGCGAGCUCGGCGGGCAGGAGCCGAGUCGAGGACAGCAACCGGUUCGAGAACGAGCAGCCGGAUUUCGGGACGAGCGUCGGCUCCGGCGUGCGUUACACGUACAAGCAACUGAGCGCGGCGACCAGGCACUUCCGGGAGGAGUCGAAGCUCGGGGAAGGCGGGUUCGGGACAGUGUACCGGGGCAACCUGCCGGCCAUCGGGCUGCCGGUGGCCGUGAAGCGGCUCGGGCACGACUCGAAGCAGGGGCUGAAGGAGUUCGUGGCCGAGGUGUCGAUCAUCAGCGGCGUGCGCCACCGCAACAUCGUCAAGCUGCUGGGCUGGUGCAGCGAGCGCGACAACUUCAUGCUCGUGUACGAGCUCAUGACGAACGGGAGCCUGGACACCGCGCUGUUCCGGCCUCGCGCCGGCGCGGUGCUGCCGUGGCGGCUGCGAUUCUCCAUCGUCCGCGACGUGGCCGAGGCGCUGCACUUCCUGCACGAGGGCCGCCGCCAGCAGAUCAUCCACCGCGACGUCAAGUCCAGCAACAUUCUGCUCGACGACGACUUCAAUGCCAUGCUCGGCGACUUCGGCCUGGCGCGCAUGCGCGACCGCCACCAGGCCCCCGCCACCUCGCGCGUCGCGGGCACCUACGGCUUCAUCGCGCCGGAAGUCCCCACGACCGGCAAAUUCACCGACAAAACGGACGUCUACGCCUUCGGCGCCGUGGCGCUAGAGAUCGUGACGGGCGAGCCGGCCUUCAGCGUCUCGUCGCCCAAGCCCGAGCGCAUGCUGGUGGACGCGGUGUGGCAGCGGCUGGAGGAGGGCAAUUUGCUGGCCUGCGUCGAUCGCAGGUUGCAGUGCGUGUUCGAGCCCAAGGAGGCCGAGGUGCUGCUGUAUCUGGGCCUUCUGUGCUCCCAUCCGGACCCCGAGGUCCGACCCAGCAUGCGCCUGGUGCUCGAUGUCAUGGCCGGCACCUGCCCUCUGCCUUCCGUGCCCGCCCGCAAGCCAUGUUCGGAGACCAACUCAGAGUGUGUUGAGGAUUUGCAGUCUUUGCUCCGUGAGGCGACUCUCGGCAGUCGCAGUCACUCUAUCGAUUAUUAA